CUGCAUUCCUAUCAUCCACUUCAGAUUUCAGAAACAAAUGCGGUUUUUGCCGAAGAAAAAAGAUACAUCUUUUAAAAAUUAAUUUUUCUUCAUAAAAAACACUUUGAAUUAUUCAAAAAUGACUUCAGUAUUAAAGAUCGGAAUAAUCGGUGGUUCUGGACUUGACGAUCCCGAUAUCAUGGAAGACCGCAAAGAAAAAAGUGUAGAUACACCUUUCGGUCGUCCAUCUGACCUAAUCAUUGAAGGUAAAAUCAAAGGUAUACCUUGUGCUCUAUUAGCACGACAUGGAAGAAAUCAUUCCAUAUUACCAUCGAAUGUUAAUUAUCGAGCAAAUGUUUGGGCACUCAAAUCUAUUGGAUGUACACAUUUGAUUGUGUCCACUGCCACAGGUUCUCUACAAGAAAAAUUCAAACCCGGUGAUUUGGUCAUUCCAAAUGACUUCAUCGACAGAACCACAAAACGUUCUCAAACAUUCCACGAUGGUGGUAAAGACAGUCCAGUGGGCGUAUGUCAUUUGCCGAUGUACCCUGCAUUUUCUGAGAGAACUCGAGAUGUUCUCAUUAGCACAGCUAAAGAACUGGGCUAUUCUGUCCACGAAACCGCCACCGUUGUGACCAUUGAAGGUCCAAGAUUCUCAUCUCGAGCUGAGAGUCGCAUGUUCCGCCAAUGGGGUGGCGAUCUCAUCAAUAUGACAACUUGUCCUGAAGUUGUUUUAGCUAAAGAAGCUGGUCUUCUUUAUGGAGCUGUGGCAAUAGCCACAGACUACGAUUGUUGGCGUGAAAGCUGUGAAAGUGUUAAUGUUGCCGAUGUUUUGAAGACUUUCGGUGAGAAUGUUGUUAAAGUUAAGAGCAUUUUGGUCCACGCAGUUUCUAACAUUGCCAAACAAGAUUGGACUGAUGAUAUCCUUAAAGCACAAAAACUUGUGUCUGACAAUAUUAUGGGAGGUCACUAAAGAAAAAAAAACCAAACGCACACAAAAUCAAAGAAGACGCAUUUUUUUUUAAUGAAAAAUGAGUUUAUAUUUUAAUUUUUAAGAAAUAAAUCUUGUUAAAUGGGAAAGUUUUAAUGAAU